AUGUACCAUAUUAUUUUAUAUAUGUGUGUGUUGACCAAUGUAUUAUGUUUUAUUUUAAAAAAAUCAACCUUCUUUACCUCUGAUCACGUUUUUAAAGAUAAAUUGUAUACAGUAAAUUUUAGUGUAACUGAAGAUUCUAACUAUAUUCCCCCGUAUAUUGGAGUCGAAUAUACAUCAGAAGACAUAAAAAAAGAGGAGGAAGAGAUUAAGGAUUUUUUUGAAGUCAACUCAUUCGGAAGAAAAAGGGAUAAAGUGCCUAGAGCACAUCCACUUUAUAAAUUUUUAAAAUACGAAAGAAAACAAGUAAUUAAACUGGAACGUUUCCAUAAAAACCGAAACGCAGAACUCCGUAAACAAGAAUGGCGUGAUUUUUUUCAGUCAGUAAAGGAUGGAACGGAUAAACCAAUAUUUACCAAAGAACAGCAAUCUUUGUGGCAACAACUAUUAACCAAAUUUGCUGAAAUUUCAGAACCAUUACUAAAAGAAUUGGAACUAAUAGAAUCUAACGGAGAUUUAGAAAUUGAGGACAAGUAUAGGCUUUCUGAAAAAGUAAGAGAGCAAAUACAAUCACUACAAAAUGACGUUUUCGACACCUAUGAAAAGGAAUUUGAAGAAACCGGAGCCUUAAAAGCUGCUCAGGAUUGUAUUAUCCCUAGAUAUGUAUGGGACUUGAGUCAACGUGAUCCCAGGCAUUCAAUAUUCAAGUUGCCCGAAAACUGUGAAAUUCCAUACAAACACAUGUGGGAGAGUACUGUUCACGGAGGGGGUCUUAAAGAGGGAGAGGAAGUUUUAAAACUUCACAAGUUGCCAUCAUUAGGAGAAAAAACUAAAAAAAGACUAGGCCGGGGGCAUGGUUCAGGUAAAGGUGGAAGCUCUGGAAGAGGAUGUAAGGGUCAAAAACACAGAUCCGGCAAAUAUGUCAACCCAAUGUUUGAAGGUGGGCAAACACCUUUAUAUAGACGGAUACCUAAAUUUGUUGGGAGGCCUUUGGGUCAUGGUGUUCGUUAUAAACGGUGUAAAUAUGAACUCAUUCCACUAAGUGAACUGAACAGGGCUCCCGAUGGAGCCACAGUUGAUUGGGCCUAUUUAGAGAGAAUAGGAGCCAAAUUAGGGAGAUAUAAGCUAGACUACCCAAUCAAGGUCGUUGGUGAUAAGAGAGCGCAUGGUGAAAAGAAGACGGAAAUAACUUCCAAAAACUUAAUAGUAAAGGUAUGGAAUACUGAAUCUCAUUCAGCUCAUGCCUUUACUAAAUCUGCUGCAAAGGCUAUAAUGGAUGCCGGGGGGAAGUGUUUAUUGCUCAGACCUAGGACUCAUGAUAUUGUUCAAGAGGAAUAUGAUCCAAGAAUCCCAAGAGCCAAACGAUAUAUUUUUUCUGGUAAAAUAUCCAGACAUGAAAGAAAAAGAAGAGAGAUUAUUAAAUCCUUAAAAGAAACUCCAACUCCAAAGAUUAUAGAAUCUUGA